ACAGCAUCUUCUGUGCUCCCUACUGAGGACGUCAGAGGUAAUAUCUAAAGCUUGAGUUAAAGAACAUCUACGGAGUGUCUUUUGACAGGCACUGCCCGUAAGGGGAGAAGGGUACCACCGGAGUGUUAUAGCCCCUAUCUUGGACUUAACAGAUCUCAGAUGCAAUGGAUUGGUUUCCUUGUAGGACUGGUGCUAUCCUGUUCAUUUUAAUGGUGCUCCUGGAAUUCAGCACUGGCUUUCAUGUUGAGGUGAAAGAAUGGGAUGAAAAUGGUGUGGCAAGGUGGAAAACAUUUCGGAGGCAAAAACGAGAAUGGAUUAAGUUUGCUGCUGCCAUUAGAGAAGGUGAAGACAAUUCAAAGAGAAAUCCAAUUGCCAAGAUACGAUCAGAUUGCGAAGAAAAUCAACCAAUUAUAUACAAAAUAUCAGGGAAAGGGAUUGAUAGUCAUCCAUUUGGUGUAUUUAUCAUCAAUCAGAGGACUGGUGAAAUUAAUAUAACAAAAAUAGUAGAUCGAGAGACAAAUCCAUUUUUUAUUGUAAACUGUUACGCUUUAAAUGCGAUCACACAGCAGUCAGUGGAAACUGUGCUUCAACUCCGAGUUCGCGUUAUGGAUAUAAAUGAUAAUCCACCAGUAUUUUCAGAGGCAGCCUUCAGCGGGGCAAUUAGUGAAAGCAGCAUGGACAACACAUUGGUGAUGAAAAUAACGGCUACAGAUGCAGACGAGCCAAAUACCUUGAAUUCCAAAAUUGCCUACAAGAUUGAGAGUCAGACUCCUGGAGGUCCAUCAAUGUUUAUUUUGAACACAAUAACUGGGGAACUUCACUGUGCAAAUAUGCUUGACAGAGAGGAACAUGGUAGCUACACUCUGGUAGUGAAAGCCACAGACAGGAAUGGAGGCCCAGAUGGAAUAUCAUCUGAAUGCAUAUGUAAUGUUGAGGUGUUAGAUGUAAAUGACAACUUUCCAACCUUCUCACAGAACUCGUAUUCAGUACAAAUUUCAGAAAAUACACUUAGUCACGAGCUGAUAAGGAUACAGAUUACUGAUCUGGAUCAAAUGCAUACAGAUAACUGGAAAGCAGACUGUUUCUUUAUCUCUGGAAAUGAAAACAACAACUUUGCUAUAGAAGUAGAUUCAGUGACAAAUGAAGCUAUCCUGAUGGUGGUAAAGGAACUGGAUUAUGAACAGUCUUCAAACAUUCAAUUAAGCAUUGGUGUACGAAAUGUAGCUCCUUUCCACUAUUCAGUGGCUAAUCAGUAUCAACCUAUGGGCACCCCUUUUUCAGUAGAAGUAAUAAAUAUUAGGGAAGGACCAGCAUUUUCUCCUUCCACAAUAACAGUUACUGCAUCAGAAGGUGAAUGGUCAUCCACCUACAGUGUUGGAACAUUUCAAGCUAUAGAUCAGGAUACAGGAAGACCUGCUACUAAUGUCCGCUAUCAGAUGGGACAAGAUCCAGCUGCUUGGUUUAAUAUCGACCCAAGGUCUGCAGUAAUCACUUUUAAGAAACAAAUUGAUCGGGAAUCAAUUUAUGUAUAUAAAGGAACUUACAAUGCAGAGGUGCUAGCUAUUACUACAGAAAGCCCUUUCACAACAGCCACUGGUACCAUUGUGCUUACGAUUGAAGAUGUCAAUGAUAACUGCCCAGCUAUAACCAGUGAAAUCAGAAAAGUUUGCAUGUCCAGCCCUACAGUCACAAUCACAGCAACAGAUCUAGAUGAUUAUCCGAAUGGUCAGCCUUUUAAAUUCACUAUAGCAGCACAGCCUCCGGAAGGUUCAUGGACUAUCAGAAUAGUAAAUGAGACCUCUGCAGAACUGUCCACAAUGAAAAUGGAUUUUGUGAUUCAUGAAGUCUAUGUUAAUGCAAUGGAUAACAGAGGCCGAAGUUGUGAAAGACCACAGCUAGUUCCUUUGCAAGCUUGUCGUUGUGAUACAUACGGAAGAUGUACUUCUGGUGCUACACAGAGAAUAACUGUUAUUAUUAGUGGCGGCGCUGCUGGGGGUGGAGCAGGUGGCGCUGCUGGGGCAGGGGGAACUGGUGGAGCAGGUGGUGAGGGUGGUGUAGAUUAUGGUGCUGGUGGUAUAGGUACAGUUGGUGGUGAAGGGGGCGCUGGUGAGGGUGGUGGUGAGUUUGGUGGUGGUGGCACUGGUAUGGUUGGUGGUGGUAGUGAUGGUUAUGGUGGCUAUCUUGCCCCAAGGCAACAAGGAGGAGCAAUGACAGUUAGUGCUAUGGUCGUCGGUCUGAUGUUUCUUGGAGCACUCAUAUUUGUGCUGGUUCCCAUUCUGAUGUCACAGAGUGACUGCUGUGGCUAUUGUGGGGGUGGUCGUGCAGGUGGAGUUGGAGCUGGAUUUGAACCUGUACCUGAAUGCACAGAAGGGGCAAUUCAUUCAUGGGGAAUUGAAGGAGCACAGCCUGAAGACCGGGAUGUUUCAAAUAUGUGUGUGCCAGUAAAAGGUGCAACGAAAGGUGAAUUUGCUGACUCCUCAGAUAUUUAUACAACAAAGUAUGGAGAUGGAGGAGUGGUAUGUUCAGAAGAAACUACAGCACUAGGAGCGGCUAAAGGUUAUGGAACGACUGUGGAUUAUGGAACUACAGCCUAUGGAACAACAGGAAGAAAAGAAAUGUAUGGAGGGACAAUGAAAGAAUACAGAGAGAGUGGAGUAAACAUGGCGUUCUUAGACAGUUAUUUUUCUGAGAAAGCAUUUGCCUAUGCAGAUGAAGAUGAAGGCAGACCUGCAAAUGACUGUCUACUGAUAUACGACCACGAGGGUAUAGGCUCUCCUGUUGGUUCCAUUGGCUGUUGUAGUUUUAUUGGAGAUGAUCUGGAUGACACCUAUCUGGAUACAUUGGGACCAAAGUUUAAGACACUGGCAGAAAUCUGCUUGGGUGUCGAAAUUGAGCCCUUCCCAGAUCCCUACUCACCUUGGCCAUCUAUUCCCAAUCCUGAAAUAGAUAUCAAUCUUCCGCCACCAGGAACGACCAUUGUUGUUAAUACAUCUUCAUCUAUGCUGCCACCAGUACCUCCACCAAUGUCUUCACCAAUGUCUCCUGUUGUUGGUGGUACCACAGUUGUUACUGAAAACACUUAUGCAACUACUUCCACUGUACAACCUCCUCCAAGGCCUAUACCUGACCCAGUACUCCAUGGUAAUGUAGUGGUGACUGAGACAUAUACCUCUGGGCCAGCUCUGAAACCUCCUGCAAUUAAUAUUGAUCCAUUGUGCGGAUCAAAUGUUGUAGUCACAGAAAGAGUGCUUGGUCCUGCCUCAGUCGCUGAUUUCCAUGGUAUGAUAGAUAUCCCUGAUAUACCAGAUGGAUCAAAUGUGGUGGUCACAGAAAGGGUUAUUGCACCAAAUUCAAGGAUACCCGCUUCUAUGACCAUUCCUGAUCUAUCGGAUGGGUCCAAUGUAGUUGUGACAGAAAGAGUGAUUCGACCCAGCAGUACCAUGCAGGGCAAUUUAAGCCUUUCUCCUGAAUUAUCGAGUGGACGUAAUGUGGUUGUUACAGAAAGAGUGGUGUCUGGGGCAGGGAUGGGUGGCAUGGGGGGGAUGGGUGGCAUGGGUGGCAUCACAGGCCAGAUGCUCAGCCCUGAUAAUCGCUUUAGCCAGACAAUUGGAUCUGCUUCCCCUGGUACGUCUCGGAGAAGGGUAACAAAGUACAGCACAAUACAGUAUUCUAAUCAGUAAGACCACUUGCAGUUUUGUAUUAUUACAGAGCUCAACAUUUGCAAAGUUUUUUGAUUUGCCCCAGCAUUACAUUUUUAUUAUUUAUACUUAGCCAAUCGCACC